CUCUUGACCACUACAUCAAACGCUUUCUAUCAUGGCCUCUUCUACUGCUCCCAAGAAAACUCUUAUGUUUCUUCCAGAGAAUGAGCCGCGUCGUCUAAAGUACACCAAUUCGGAUCGUACACGAGCAUUCCGUAGCCAACCUAUAGAUUGUAUCCCUAGUUAUCUCAUUCCUGAUGGCCGCAGCUUUACGCCGCCACUGCUCAACCUCGGCUGGCUCAUCGACACCGACCGCGUCGUCCGCUGGGUCCAAUCGAAAGGUUACAACCCCACGAUCUCGCGCGGCAAGAACAAUGUCGUCCCGAACGUCUACGAAGCGUGUCUCCAAGCCAUCGAUCUCAUGCUCGACGAGGACACGGGCCUCAUCCCGUACGAUCCACGCAUCAAGCUCGUUUUCGCCUCGGACGGGGAUUAUGUCGAGGAUCCGUUGAAGCAUGGCAAGAUCAAUUUCAAGCUGGCAUUGAAGGUGGGGAGUAAUUAUGAAGGGGCGGUUCCGGAGGAAAAUAUGAAGAAGAUCGGCGAUCUCGUGGCCCCUGGUGUGCAGCUCAAAUGGUUCUUGGACAAGGAUCAGUGGUGUUGGACGAGGCAGCAGCCGCAGGAGCCUCAGAUUGUGAAAUUGAAUGUCGAAGAUGCGGCCAGGAAGGCCGAUUUCGAAACGGUCGCCAGCAAUACAUCCAAGUCCAGGAAGCGCCGUCGAGUUGCUCAGUGAUGAGGCCGCGAUACGUCUGAUUGUAUUGUUUUCAUCCUCUACCCUCUUUGUCCAUGGGCUCUUGGUCGUCGUUUGUCGUUGAUGCUCCCUUUGCUAUGCUUGUUUUGAUUAAGUAGCCCGUUUUGUUUUCUAUCUGCACUUGUAUUUGUGUUGUUAUAUCAUCCUUGCAUGUUGACUAGUACACCCUAAUACUCAUCAUACGGAAAUUUCAAUUGUAC